AUGUGGAGCUCAACGUUACAUCAGUGCAAGACAAACCUCCUCAUCGCCUGCUCGAAAUUCACGGAGCAGUACAACCUGUACGGGAGGCGUCACCAGGUCACCGGCGUCCCCCUGAAGGAUUGGGACGUCCGCGUCGAUACCCAGACUAAAACAAAUCUCGACUACGCCAUCAAGAAGGGCUGCGAUUACAUCGUCUUCGGCACGGCGCCCGAUCCCCUGCCGGGGGUCAUCGCACCAGCCCCGCCACCCGCGCCGCCCGCGGAACUGGGGAGUCGGCGGGAGCAGGUGCCUUUGCUGCCAAUCGUGGAGCCAUGGCGCAGGGGAGGCCAGCAGCAGCCGCCCACCGCGCCGAUCCCGCAGGGACGCCUUAGCGUGCCGCCGCCAGAGGGCAAACAGGACCAGAUCGCCCCACCGCCUCGCGCAAGCGGACCGUAG